CAUUGUUUCCGAACUACCCUCUCGGUUCCGACUCUGCGCUUACAUAUCGCAAGAGCGAGGCUAAGAAUAAGGUAGUGCCUUUGAGGGAUGGUGCUCCCAUAGAAGAAGACCCCGAUCAUCCUAAGGAAUAUUUAUUGGCCGAUGGAGACAAACUCGAAAAGGGGAUGGUCAUCUCAAUCAGAAAUCUUCCGAUACAUGCCUUCAUUGCCGCUUCAUCUGUUUCAAGGGACGCCGCUCAAGAUUUAUCCCAACGAGCCACAAAAUUUGGUGUUCGCGUAGCUCGAAGUUGGUCCGAGUUCACAACCCAUUACAUCAUAGACCGCUUCCCUGACGUGUCCGGCGCCCUCUCCCUGGAGCCUCGAACUAAACAGAGAAGAAAGGGGUUAAAUAUCGAUACUUCCUUCAAAGAAAAGCCCUCGCUGCAAUGGGUCUGUGGGCUUCUAGCAGAGUCUCAAACUCAUUUCAUCAAAGUCUCGUGGCUCGAAGCCUUCGUUCGAAAGGGAGAGCUACCCCGUGGUAGUAGGAAUUAUGAGGAGAAAUACGACCCACCGAAUGAGCAGGACUACCUUCCUGACGGCCCGAACCCUGAGCUGUGGGUAUGGAAAGAGAAGCGCGUUAAGAUGUUCAAGCAAAUGACCUUCUUUGUCGUCUAUCAUGGCAUAACGGUGGAUAAAACAUUUGAAACACUAAUCAAAAUUGGCGGUGGGAACGUCCAUUCGUACAGCAUCUCUUCGGACAAAGCCAUCCCCUCCGCUGAAAAAUGGGCCCAAAUUAUCCAAAAAACUACGAAAAGGAAAUCCGGGGGGAAUGACUCCGGCUCGCCUCUUGUUGUUUUAGUGGGGCUGCAAAAAGAGGUCCUGGAGACUUAUGAAGAUUGGAGAUAUCUGUACCUGGAGGGCGCUAAGAUGAUGGAUAUGCAAUUUGUCUCCCGAACAGGAGGACGCCCGUCUACCCAUGCAAUAUGCAUCCUCCUACACGCCCCCCGUGGUAGAUUCGGUUCCCCCAAAGCGGCCCAUCCCCUCCAAUGCUGGACAAGAUUCCCCCACUCCAGCAGGGCCGUCCCCUCUGGACCUCUCCCAUGCAUCUUCGAGCGUGGACAAAAUCACCGAAGUCCCUGGACAAUCUGCCAUUCAAGAAGCCUCUGGCGAUACUCUGUCGCGACUUUUGCCGCCUAGAAGAAGGAACCGUACCGUAGCUCCCCUAGGUGCAGCCCUCUUUGGGUUAGAUGACGACAGCACUAUUAUCGAGGAAAGUCCAAAGAUAGAAAUUUCUACUUC